ACUAGACUCCUGCAGUCUAUCGGCUUUUCGAUUUAGCGCUAUAUGUAAACGGAGCCAUCGUCACGAAAAAACUGUCUGCUUUAGAGCACACGACACGAAACAGCUGUUUGGGUAAAUUCACAAUGGGCGGUUAUUACUGAUCUGAACGGGUGCUGACCACGUUCGCCGCACAUUACCGUCAGGGUUUGCCACUUCGCUUCUUGGUCUAUUUGUUGGGUUAACUUGGCGGGCAAACGGUAUCGACACGCCAAAGAAUUGAUAGAGCAAGGAAACACACACAUAGGGCCUACGUGUGUGCUAUCGCAACUGACAUCCGAGGCAAUGGCGGGACUGUUUCACAUCCACCCGCCGUUGCUCGUGUACAAGGUGUUCAACUUCACGUUCUGGGGUUCGCUUGCUUGCUUUCUCCCUUACAUCUCGCUGUACUUCAAGCAGCUUGGGUUCUCUCCUGGCUCCAUAGGCACGAUCAGCGCUUUAAGGCCCAUUUUUGGGUUCCUCCUGCUGCCGUUCACUGCAGCGGCCGCGGACAGGUUCCGCUGCCGGAAGGCCGUGCUCGUGGCGAGCGUUGUGCUUAGUGGUGCCGUAUUGCUGUCAUUCGCUGUGCUACCACGUGGAUCCCAAGUUCCCUGUGACGUGAUGGAGGAGCAGAUAUGGGAAAUGCUGCACCUCAACAUCAGCCUCCCUUACCAAGAGGACCAGACCCGGUACAAUUUUUCGCUGGACGGCGACAUCUUUUCCUUCUCGUCGACUUCGGUUCUCAAACGGGGCAUCGACAGACAAGUUACCCGACGAGCAUUACCGAAAGUGGCCCUGGGCACGUGGAGAAACCAGACCACCGAGGGGUCCCUGGGCCAGUUUCCCAAGCCGAUCCAGGAGGCUCUCCUGGCCAACCAAGGCUGGCUGUAUGAAAAGGCCGAUCUCCGCACGCUGUUUGUGGUCAUUCUUCUCAUCUCCAGCUUCAUUGAGGUGGUGGUGUUCAGCUCGACAUGUCAAGCGGAUAUAGCCACGCUGGACGCCUUGCGAAGAGAGUACGGUCAUGUCGAUCACUACGGAUGGAAUCGAGGAUUUGGCACGUUGGGAUGGGGAGUUUGUUCCACCGCUGCUGGAUUCAUACUGAACGCUACCCGCACGGUGGAGGUAAGCUGCGGCAUUGAACAUACGAUCGCCGGCUACUGGACCAGUUUCCUCUUGGCUGUCGGCGUAAGCAGUAUUGCGUUGGUCUGUGUUGCCUACUUUAAGUUCUCGUACGACAGCAAGACAGGCGACACUGAAUCGUCUUACGGGCCCAUCACGGCAGUGCUGCUCAGCUGGCAUUACGGCUCAGUCUUGGUCAUGCUGGCUUUCCUUGGACUGUGUAAUGGCUGCGUCUGGGGAUUUCUCUUUUGGCACUUAGAAAAUCUCGGCGCAACGCAGGAUUUGUUGGGGAUCUUCACCGCCAUAAACAGCUUCUCAGAGUUCUCCUGCGGAUUUCUCAGCAGCUGGGCCAUUGCCAAGUUUGGCCACGUGACGCUGUUGAUUUUGGGGCUUUCUCUCUACAUCUUACGGUUUGUCUCCUACUUCCUCAUCACGAUGCCGUGGACUGCAGUAUUCAUCGAGCCCUUGCACGGGCUCUGCUUCAUUAUGACAUGGACAACUGCCGUGUCCUACAUGACAGAGACAGUACCAACUCUGUAUGGCGGGACGAUGCAAGGGGUACUCAUAUCCGUACACCACGGGCUGGGAGCAGGGCUGGGGUUCUUCCUCACUGGCCUGCUUGUCACUGAAUAUGGGGCACGGAUGACAUUCCUUCUGUAUGCAGUCUCCUGCGGAAUGUUCCUCUUCCUCUUCCUCCUAGUGCAGUGGCUUUCACGGGUGCCAACACUUGAAUGGAAAUCCGAAGAGCCUGUCAAGUCACCCCCUGACAAGCACGAGGAAACCGAUGAGGAGCAGAUGCAGCAAACACAGUCACUCCUUGAUUCACCUGGAGACAGACAAAACAGUAAACUAAGCCUCAAACUGCCCAAGUUUGUACUUACAACCAAAGCUAUCAAUCAGCAAGAACUAUGGUGA